AACCGCGCGCCGCCGCCGCCGCUUAAAGGGGCCGCGCGCUGUGCGAGAUGUUUCCCGCUGGGCUCUGGCUCUAGGAUGUUGGAGAACCGAGAGGAAGAGCUGACCACGGUGCGGGUGCAGGAUCCCCGUGUGCAGAACGAAGGCUCCUGGAAUUCCUACGUGGAUUACAAGAUCUUCCUGCACACCAACAGCAAGGCCUUCACUGCCAAGACCUCGUGUGUGCGGCGCCGCUACCGGGAAUUCGUGUGGCUGAGGAGGCAGCUCCAGAGGAACGCCGGAUUGGUGCCGGUCCCGGAGCUGCCGGGAAAAUCCGCGUUUUUCCUGGGAAGCGCCGAUGAAUUCAUCGAGAGGCGGCGGCUGGGCCUGCAGCGCUUCCUGGAGAGGUGGGAGCGGGGUCUGGG